AUGAUGGGUCGCUUGCGUAAGUCCCUGGCUGGUCCAGGAUAUGUGAUCCUGAAUGCGAUUCGCGUUCUCAAUAUUAUCACUUUUCUCGAUCUCAUCGCGGCUUGUGUGGUCAUGCUCGUCAAAACCAACAUGCUGAACAACUUCUUUUUCUUCGAGGCUGUGACCCAUGCGGUGGUGGCUUUGAUUAGCACUCCCAAUCCUACAAAACUACUUCGACCACCACUGGCCAAUGCUCGGUCAAAAUUCGGGGUUCUACUCUCUUGCUGGAAUCAUGAUGAUCCUGGGCAUCUCGACACUUGGCAAUCUGAACACAAACGCAAUGACCCAGGAGAAAAUCGGCAUGGCGUUCUGGCGUAUCAUCACUUCGGCUGGAGUCCUGGCAAUGAUUGUCAGCGUUCUGAAUGUCCUCGCAGUAAGUCAAUCCCAAUUCAAUUCCCUUUGGUUCCAUAUACUAACUUCCUCCAGAGCUAUAUCUUCAGUGACCCCGAAACAGGCUUCAGUGCUCGCCAAGUCCGGGUCGACGGCGCUGUCGCUCCGCAAAAAGCAAUGAGCCGAACAAGCAGCCAUCGCACCCUCCACCUGAAUACGACGCGUGAGGAAGUUCUUCCCACUUAUACCCCAAACCCCAUCAAGCGCGCUACUAGGCGCCUGACCGGUCGAUUCCCACUCAAGAUCUCAAAGCCUAUAAGCCCGCCUUUUGUUGCGGAGAAUGAUGCUGCUUCUUCGAAGUAUUCCCGCGAUUCGGCUGAGAUUCGUCCUCCUGACUUGGCGCACCACCCUGCCUUGUACACUGGUCAGUAUGUUUGA